AUGACUAUUACACGGUCCCAGACGGGGAAAACUCCCAGGAAAAUCGACCGUCCCGGUUAUAUCGAGACCCCUGGUCGUCGAGUGACACGCAGCGGCGUUGUGCUGUCCUCAGAAAACAGCGCAGACGAUGUCUCCGAUUCCACCGCUGAAGCCACUGCAAGAUCGAAGUCGUCUACGCGACGACGCACCCGCGCAACGCCCAAGGAUGAGACCGAAUCGCCAGAACCGGAGGUGAAGGAGGAAGAGCCAAAGACACCGGCCAAGGCCAAUGUUCACUUUAAUGGCUCUACCGAGAAGAAACACAUCGUCGAUGGCUGGGCUGAGGGUAUGGAUCCCAAGGUCGACUACAGCGGACAUUUUGAGUUUGGUGGUUCUUGGGGAGUAUUGGCGAUGAUGUUGGGAUUCCCGGUAUUGAUGUGGUAUAUGUGGAUUGGCGCCACCUACUACGAGGGCAAGUUCCCUCGUCCGGCUGAGGGACAGAGCAUGUCGGAUUUCUUAUUGCAUAUGGUAAACCUGGUGUAUGAGGGCGCGUUCCCGACACUCAGGGCUUGGAAGAUCUACUGGACUUUUUUCAUCUUCGAGGGUGUGUGCUACAUGCUCAUGCCUGGUAUCAAGGUUAUGGGUCGUCCUCUUCCCCAUGCCGGUGGUAAGCAGUUGGAGUAUUACUGCUCCGCUCUUUACUCGUGGUACUUCAACAUUGUGCUGUCGUUGGUCCUCCACUUCACCGGUAUCUUCAAGCUGUAUACCGUGAUCGACGAGUUCGGUCCUCUUUUGACAGUGGCCAUUCUGUCUGGCUUCAUUGUGUCAUUUAUUGCGUACUUUUCCGCGUUGUUUCGUGGAGCGCAGCAUCGGAUGAGUGGUUAUCCCAUCUAUGAUUUCUUCAUGGGUGCGGAGCUCAAUCCGCGGAUGUUUGGCGUGUUGGACUUCAAGAUGUUCUUUGAAGUCCGUCUUCCCUGGUACAUUCUUUUCUUCAUCUCUAUGGGUGCUGCGGCCAGACAGUACGAGAACUACGGCUAUGUCUCUGGAGAGGUUGGAUUCAUCUUGCUGGCACAUUUCUUGUAUGCCAAUGCCUGCUCCAAGGGCGAGGAGUGCAUUGUGUCUACUUGGGACAUGUACUACGAGAAAUGGGGCUUCAUGCUGAUUUUCUGGAACUUGGCCGGUGUGCCUCUGAGCUACUGCCACUGCACCAUCUAUCUCGCCAACCACGACCCUUCAACCUACCACUGGAACCGCUACUUCCUAGCCUUCCUCUACGUCGCAUACCUGUUCGUCUACUGGGUGUGGGACACGACCAACAGCCAGAAAAACCGUUUCCGCCAGAUGGAGCGUGGCACCAUGGUCUUCCGUAAUACCUUCCCCCAGCUGCCGUGGCAGACUCUGGAGAACCCGAAGACCCUCACCGCUGCCGAUGGCUCCAAGAUUUUGGUCGAUGGAUGGUAUGGCAAGGCUCGCAAGAUCCACUACACCUGCGAUCUGUAUUUUGCCUUGAACUGGGGUCUUAUCACUGGCUUUGAUAGCCCGUUCCCGUGGUUCUACCCUCUGUUCUUUGCGUGCAUGAUCAGCCACCGUGCGCUGCGUGAUAUUCAGCGCUGCCGGAACAAGUACGGUGAGACUUGGGCUGAGUAUGAGAGACAGGUUCCCUACCUGUUCAUUCCCUACGUCUUCUAA